GGUUGGACAAGAGGUUGGAAAAUAUUGCAUUUGUGUGUAACUUAAAACCAUAAAAGGUGACAGCCUGCUAGAGAUCUGGAUCCAGAUUGACCUAAAUUCAAAGAACUUAAUCUGGGACCACAAACCAAGAGCAACAGUUGGCUGUUAGACUUUUUCUGUUUUGGCCAUUUUUGCCCUCGUGCUUGGACUCCUUCAGACAAGGAGACUCAACAGUCCAAGGCCAUGGAGGACUCCAACACCAAAGAAGAAGCAGGUGCUGCGGAGGAUGUAGAGCUGGCCAAAGCCAUAAUGUCCCGAAAUUUCCGCCCCUCUGUCAUUGGCCCGGAGUCCUGGGAGGGAUACGUCUUCUCUGAUAUGGAGAUCCGUAUCAAAGAGUCCACAGACCUCUAUGGAGCCGUACUCUGGCCCUCGGCGAUGGUGUUGUGUCAUUUCUUAGAGACCAACCGAGACAAAUACAACCUGACAGACAAAAAUGUGAUCGAAUUGGGUGCUGGAACUGGGCUCGUCACCAUUGUAUCCAGCCUGUUAGGUGCUAUGGUGACCUCCACUGACCUACCGGAUUUGUUGGGGAACCUCCAGUACAAUGUUAUGCGCAACACCAAGGGCCGAUGCAAGUAUACCCCUCUGGUCACAGAGCUUAUCUGGGGUCAGGAUGUGGAGCAGCGCUUCCCACAUGCCACAAAUUGUUUUGACUACAUCUUGGCAGCUGACGUGGUGUACUCCCAUCCAUACCUUGAAGAGCUGAUGGACACCUUUGACCACCUGUGCCAGGAAAACACAGAGAUUCUUUGGGCCAUGCGCUUUCGUCUGGACCCAGAGAACAGCUUUGUGGAUCGCUUUCGGCAGCGCUUCCAGCUGGAGGAGCUGUACAACCUCCCCAGUCUGAGAAUCAAAUUGUACCGAGCCUGGAGGAAGGACAGGAGGACAAAGGACCAAGGAGAAGCUGCUGCCUGAACUGUUAAACAGACAGAGAACACACGAUGAAUUAUUGUUUCUGUAAUGCGUUUUUAAUGCACAAAUAUCAAACAAUAUGAAGCUGUGAAUCACAUUUUUACAAAUUUUAUUAUUUACAGUGUUUGCUGGUCUAGUAGAGACAUUUCAAUGUAAUUUAUUGCAGGACUGUUGUUUUGUAUUUCAUUUAGGUGAACUUUAAUAAACUGGCAACUCCAUAUGCCUGGAUACA